AUGCUUCCUCUCUCCCGACAUUCUUUUACUUUGGCUACACGUACCCCAGCCUGCCUUUUACGCGCGUAUUCGCAACCGACUGGGUCAAAACCUCUUAUAGGAAGAUAUGAUCAUGUCCCUGUUGAACUAGCUCGCGUUCAAUCAGGCAAAAAAGUCACUCUUCGCGACUACGAAACCCAGCGCGCUCUCAAACGCUUCAGUUAUGACCUCAAGAUUCAAAACGGCUUCGUAGAGCCGGCCCCAGGACCCAAUUUCAUUGGACCCAACGGAUGCUCCCUCAGAGAGCCUUUGUCUCCGACUUUCCAAGAAGUUGUACGAAACUUCCGCGGUCGCGAUAUCAUGGUGUUUAUUCUCAAACAAGGCCUCCCACUUCCACCAACUUUGACUAUUCUACAUGAGCAUUCGGACCACUAUUCUAUGCAAUGCACGCAGAAAAUGACCUUGGACGACCUCAACGCGGAACUAACCGCUUUCAUCUCGAAACAUGGUCGUGUGCUUGACAAAGAGCAGUUUGACGGAGAAUACCCUUUCUCAUUAUAA